AUGUCGAUCGGUGCCAGGGUGAUCGAUCCGCAGAGAAUGGCAGGUAUCCACACGCAGGACCUGCAAAUAGAUGCUCUAUCUUCCAGUCCAACAUCAUACUUCUCACCCUCUAGCGCUCGACGUGUGCCCAGGACUGAUGGCCCUCGGCUACGUCCCGAAGCAGACGAGCACAAUGCAACGCAGCCCUGGAGGGAGGAACUCGACGCACAACACUUCUAUCCAGAUCAGAAUGUCGCAAGCAGCAGCCGUCAUGCAGCACCUUUCCGGGUUGACCACUUCGGGACGUCAGCCGGUCCGAGCUCACAAGCCAACACGCCGCGCAGGCAUCUCGGUCCUGCCUUCCGACAUCGCGAGGAUAGCCAUCGCGAGCCCAGUAGAGCGGACACAUUUGCAAGGCUAGCUGGACCUUCCUACUCAACUGCCGGUCAUGCCAUGCCGGCCACAUUGACAAGAUCAGAGACUCAGCCUCUGUUUCAGACCAGCAACGCGAUAUCCCACGGCGAUGUCGAAGACUCUUUGGGCGGUGCCUAUCCGCGCGACAUUAGAAGACCAUCAGCGCCCGGGGCAUUGCCGCCCCAGCCUGUCAAGACACUCAAACCGCCAAGCAGCAGCAGUGGAAGUAGCGGAGGCGGUACAUGGGGCUCAAAACAGGCAGCGUGGGACACUCCCUCGACUUCGCUCGAAGAGGUAUUGCCAGGCUGGCAGACCAGCAUUGAAGGUCAAAGGCAAUCGAACAAUGCAUCUCAUCGGAGGGAAGUGACCCGCGGUGAGAGCGAGAUGCUGCAGGCGCUCAAGCAAGGCAGAGAUGCGGAGAUAGCACAAGCUGAGAACGGCAUCAAUGUUGGGAGCUUGGUACGAAAGACGGGAAGUAGCAUGAGGCGCGCUUCGGCCGAUUUCAAACUGAAGUUCGCUGGCAUUGUAAGUCCGGCCAGCGGUUCGUCCGUUUCAAAUGGGCCUCCCACACCCAGCACGCGGCGUGAAAGUGGUAGCGUCGAUCUUGGUGCUCCAUCAGCUCGAUGGCAACCUCAGGAUGCAUGGGUACCGCCAUGGCUUCGAAAUGGCGAUGGUGGAGAAAAUGCGUGCCUGGUGCGGGAAGGCGCACUGGAGAAGCCUCACCCGAGCUGGUGGAGUCCUAGUCGGACACCUAGUCCUUCCAAUUCGCAGUCUGGCAAACGCAUAUCUGUGCUCUCCGCAAAGAUCAGUUCUCCCCGACUGCAGCCAACUUUAGAACACGAGGGCGACAGCGCAACGAUGUCCAAGACGAGUUCCAGGCAUCGACUAUCGAGAAGCGAAGUGUACGAUAUCCAGCCAGACGGCGGCUCUCAUGCAGCGGAGCAUCUCUUCGAGUUCGCGCCAGAUCCACAGGCAUCGCCUGGGCCGCUCGGCAGUGCAGGCAGGCGAGCAAGUAGAGCGCUUAGGAACAUCAAGAGCCUGUCUGGCGGCGCAUUGCGGCGGGCAAGCAUGACCAGCCUCAACUCUGCUGGAGGGCUGAUAUCGCCGAGCAAAGACGCGGAGCCCAGCACCAUCUCGAUGAAUACGAUGCAAGGCGGGGCCGCAGAUGCCUCGCUGAGCGAGACGACGCCUCUGGCUGCAGGGCAGAGUCACAGAGAUGGCGCGGAGUCGCGCACACCUCGCGCUGAGAGGCAGCUUCUGCCGCCUUUUGCCCACCAGGAGGAGUGGGAAGGCACGACACCGACGAAUGCGCGCCAGAAUUUGUCGCCAGGUCUCAAUGGCCCCAGGAAUGUUGAUACAGCCAGUAACGGUACAGCUGAUUUCGUCAGCCAAGCUAGUCACCCUGAGCCUCAGGCAGCGAGAGCAAAGGGUGGCCCGUUGGGCCCAGCAGUAGCUGCUUGGCGACGAGUGCAGCGCGAAGCCACAGCAGCGACUCACGACAAAGGUCUGGCUCCGAUUGAGCAACGUCAGAAGGCUAGCUUUGCAAGACCGAACGGGAAUCAUGCUGCGCCAGGUCGUGCUGCGGGAUCUGGUGGUGGAGGUGCGGGGCACGCAGGAGUAGGUCAGCCACACAAUAACGGGGCUAGACACACCGAGCAAGGACGGCCGGGCACUGGCAACACUGGAGCUGGGACUGCGAGCGGUGGUUCGGGAGGCAGUGGCAACAAUGCGGGUGGAGGUAGCGGGCGACCACCACCAGGUGGUGGCGGCGGAAACGGGAUGCCGCGAUCGCAGUCACCACCAGUCCAUGCCAUCUUCAAACGCCAAGAGCUGAUAGGCAGAGGCGCCUAUGGAGCUGUCUAUCGAGGCAUCCAUCUAUCGACGGGGUCUGCUGUUGCUUUGAAAGUCGUCAACCUAGACACUCCGGAAGAUGACGUCAGUGACAUUCAAAGAGAAGUUGCGCUCUUGUCGCAGCUCAAGGAGACCGAUAGCAAGAAUGUCAUCAAGUAUUGGGGCUGCUGGCUCAAGGGUCCCGAGCUUUGGAUUGUCAUGGACCUUGCGGAAGGAGGCUCCGUGCGCACUGUGGUAUGUGUCCCUUUCUCAAACGCGCAUGUCGGGCCCGCUUCUGACGCUUCGCGUUCGCCGCACACAGAUGAAAGCUGGCAAUGUGGCAGAGAAAUAUUGCGGAGUGAUUCUGCGCGAGUCACUGGUCGCACUUGCUUAUCUGCACAAAGCUGGUAUCAUCCACCGCGACAUCAAAGCUGCAAACAUCUUGCUCACCAACUCCGGCCGGGUCAUGCUUUGUGACUUUGGUGUGGCGGCCACACUUGUCUCGAGCAGCGUCCACAGCAAGAGAAGCACCUUUGUGGGCACGCCGUAUUGGAUGGCACCGGAGGUCAUCACAGAGGGCAAGACGUACGAUCAGAGCGCUGACAUCUGGAGCUUGGGCAUCACGCUCUACGAAAUGGCUUGUGGCAACCCACCCCAUGCCGACCAAGAGCAAAUGCGAGCGAUCAUGCUCAUACCAAAGUCCAAGCCUCCUCGAUUCCCGAGCGAUGGCCAAUUUUCCGAACCCAUGCGGGACUUCCUGGCUGCUUGUCUGAACGAGGAACCCAAGGAGCGCCCCAGUGCGGAUGAGCUGGCCAAGGCCAAGUGGAUCAAGAGCUUCGCAAAGACGUCGACUGCUACGCUCAAGGACUUGAUUGCCAACUACAACGCGUGGACCAAGACUGGUGGAAUGCGCAUGAGUCUAUUAGGCGCGGAGACAGCGGACUUGAGCGAUCACGGGUGAGUCAGCCACGCUCACAACUUAGCGGCUUCCUUUGCUAACCUCUUCUGGCCUCCAUCGUCACAAAGGCAUCGUGACUCGUUUGCGUUCGAUGCGCACGACAGCGCAGAUGGUUGGGAGUUUGGUACUUUUCGAGGAACGUCCUCUCCAAUGUUUGGCAGCUCAGAAGCUUCGGCAACAGUGCGUGGUCCUGUUCGCGAUCACCCGCUCCUUCGCUUGUUCGACAGCGAGGAUGGAACGCCUGCAGUGGAGACCGUACCUGCCAACAGCUCCAUGGUACCAGCAAACAUGCUCGAGUCAUUAAGUCGUGCCCGGUCAGGUAGAGACUCGGCACCCUCAGUAUCGACGUUGCGAGCAGCCGCUGCGGAUCACCGACCGGCACCACCGCCUCCUCAGCCGGUAGCAUCAAAUACAACCAAGGGGAGCAGCGCGCACGAAUUGCCAAAUCCCAAUGCUGCUAGCACCGUGGCCCAGCCCAUCGCUGCGACAGCAGAGCCAGUGGAGCAAAAAGCAAGCUUUGCAGGGACGGGUAUGACCCCUUUUCGCUUUGGGGGUGGAGGUGCACCAAUGAGCGCGAAUGCGAAUGCGCGGGCAGCCGUGAUGGACACACGUCGAAAUCGCGACCAACAGCGGUCCACGUCAUCCAUGGAGGAGGUUGCUCCAGAAUUGCCCAAGUUUGGAGCCCCUAAAGCUGGCGCGCGGAAGCCAGGAAGCAGUGGCAGCGUGGCUGGAGAGCACAAAAACUUGCCGAGCUUUGCCAAUGCGCACGAGAAGCGACCGAGCUUGGCUAGCAUCAUUCAUCGCAGGGCGAAAAGUAGCCUCUCGAGCAUGUCCGCGAAGUCCACAACCACACCCGUCGAGCAGGAUGUUUCUCAGAGCAACACAGCUGCCACGUCGACCUCUGGUCUCAGCAUGAGUCCUGCCAAGAACCGCAACGGAUUCGUGCUGCCCUCGGGCUCGGCCCAGAUCGACCUUUACACUCCGAUGGAAGGGCACGAAAGUCCCGGGUCAGACUCGUCAUACCAAAGUCGUCACCUCGCACGCUCGCAAAGUGAUCAGCAAGCGCCUGAGCACAUCGCAAGUGGGCACAAGACGCCGGGCGCGGCGCAAGAUGUGAUGAUCGGUAGCAGAUCCGUCGGCAUGGGCGCUGGACGAGAGGUGCCAGCCUCCGCACCGGUCGGCGUGGGGAUGGGUGCAGGGCCUGGCAGUCAUGUAGAGCGGACGCCAGCCCAAGCAGCCACAGCCGCCUUGAUUACCGCCCAACGAUAUGCAGCACAGACGCCCAACUACGGGUCGCGCAGUCGGAGCGGUUCGCGGACUCGUCCACUCGCCUUGAACCAGGAUGGAGCGGCAUCCUUUACUGGGCAAGCGCACGCUUACGGCCGGAGCUUUUCUGCUGCAUCCGCAACUGCAACUUUUAGAGAUGCGUUGGGCGCUGGGCACGAAUUCUCCACCGAAGGUCUGCCACCUUCUCCCAGUCCUUCGUCGAGCGCAUUCUUCGCUCAUCUGAAUGGGCAGUCAGGCGCAGGUACGCCCGUUGGUCCUUUUGGACCGCGAAGAGUGCCUCAGUGGGGAGGCCAAGCUCUUCGACAGGCAGCCGACGGCAGUGCUGAACCAGUCCUCGCCUCUCAACAUGUACACUCGCACUCACUGCACAGUCAUUCACAAGACGGCGGCAGCGAUUUGCUUGAUCGUGGACGUGUUUUGGCCACAAGCCAGGCACCCCGUGUUCCGAGCCUGAAACCUCUAGACCUGGCUGCGGUCACUGGAAGUGCAUCACCUUCUCUUGGCGCGAAUGCAACCUCUGACGCUUUGCGCAUCGAGCUCUCCCGUAUCGUGCAAGAUUUAGGCGACUGGCUAGAAGUGCUCGGAAAAGGACUGGGCGACAUCGUCGAUCAUAAUGACGCAUCUGCUGCCGCAGGUAGCAGCUGA